UCGUGUGUGUCACGCUCUUGUUCACGGUGAAAUUUGUGCAAUUUUCUGUGCCACACUGAGGCCAGUGUUUGCGGUGGUGACAUUCUGUUUCAGCGCAGUGCCACACGAUUGGUGCAUUCCAUCAGGUUUCCUGCCGUUCGCCGCUUCUAGUGGUUCGUGAGAAGGAUUGUGCAAUACGACAGCGAAGCAGCAAAAGCGUCAACACUGCCCGACACAUUGCUGCUGCUGGUCAGCUAAGGAGUCGCACGGGUUCCAAAGCCAACUACAACUACUAGAAAAUCCGUUCAGCUCGUAGACACAGUCUUCCAGAAACAAAGUAGCCCGGGCCCCAAACGUCGAUGCGUUUCGAUGAGCCCCAGUUUGUCGCGGCGGAAAAUGGUAAUACGCGUCGGAAAUAGUGUUAACCACUUCCGUCUGAAUUCCCCGAUGUGAUUCGAUUUCGAGCAUAUAAAUGAGCAGCGCUGAGCGAGCGAAAGAGCGUGAGCUAAUCGGUGGCCGAGUGAGCGAGAGAAGUAAAUAACAAAAAAGGAAAAUACGCUUCGUAGUGGCCGCAAGGAGAGUGCGACAAGUGCGUAAGGAUAGAAGCCGUGUGUGUAUGUGUGUGUGUAUUUGAAUCAGUCGAAAAAUAAAUAGAAAUUAUUCCGAGCGAUCGUGAAAAAGUCUAGCUCCCGACGAAAGAUCCGCAGGCGCCAGCCAACAUAAUAACGAUGGCGCGGCUGACCGAGGAAAUGGUGAUUGCCCGGUCGAAGCAGUCCGAUCUGGGCGCAAUCAAGAAGCUGAACUGCUGGGGCAGCGAACUGAGCGACGUUUCCAUCAUCCGGCGCAUGCGUGGCGUGGAGGUGCUUGCUUUCAGCGUUAAUCGAAUCAGUACGCUAGCGGAUUUCGAAAACUGUAUCAACCUACAGGAGCUGUACCUCAGGAAGAACAAUCUGACCGACAUCGACGAGUUGGUCUACCUUCAGAAUCUUCCGAAACUGAAAUUCCUGUGGCUGGAGGAAAACCCACUGGUGGAGAGUGCCGGACCGACCUAUCGGCAGAUAGUGUUACGCGCGUUGCCAAACCUCAAGAAGCUCGACAAUGUCGAUGUCACGCCGGAGGAAGUUGCCGAAGCGAUGCGAGCGCCGGUCGCUCAACCGCAACCGAGGCACGAGAUAUACGAAGAUCCUUCGCCACCGCCCCAACCGUACCAGCAACAGCCUCCGUCACAGCAUCAGCCGCAACAGCAGCAAUACCGUCAGCAGAGUCCAGUGAUUGAGCAGCAGAUGAGCCCGGAAAAUACGGAAUCCGAGUGCAUCAGCGAUCCGGCGGAUCGGGCCUCGCUCCCGUCCUCACCGCUGCAGCGAAGUCCUUCGAACAGGGAAUUCUGCUACUCACCGCCGUCAAAAGCACCGACACAAGCACAGAAUCCGACUGCAUCAUCGCACUGCACCGCAAGCAGCCACCGUGGCUCAUACCAGCAGUUUGAUAGGUCACCCGGCUCGGACCAGGACAGUCCGGUAUCGGGAUACCGAGAACGUGUCCCGAUUGCACCGAGCAUGUCGACACAUUCGAUGAAGGAAUACUAUCAGUCGGAUUAUCAACGGCAAAAUCCUCCCGCCCAUUACCGUCACAGUCAGAUGGAUUUGACCGAGUGGGAUGAAUCGUCGCCAACAUCGAACCAUCAGAAUAACAAUAACAACAACGGAGGCCAAAACUCUGGCAGCCAGCACGGCCAGCAGCAGCAGCAAGGCUCGCACGGUCAAUCGCACUACCAGCAGAACCGUCGGAGCAUCGCCGGAAGUACGGUGAACGAGCGAGAAUUGUACCAGUACCGGAAUGGGAAUGGCAAUGGCAAGGGUCCGGAUCCGCGGGACGAAUGGGAAGACGUUGACCGGCGGCGGAAUGAGAACAGGCGAUCCGACUCCCGGUUCAACGAUAGCGCCAGUGUCAUCUCCAACGCGCUGCUGAAUCACUUUGCCGGAGUGCACCGAAGGCCUGUCAGUAGAAACUCCAAUCUCCUGUCGGCCACGCUGUGUCUGGUGAAGGAGUUGGACUAUCCCAGUUUGGAGGUGGUAGAGCAUGCAGUUCGUUGCCGUAUCGAUGAGCUGUCAGAGUAAGGGUUCGAGAAACUCUGCUCCACCAUUUUUAUCCUCUCGUUCGCCGAUAUGUUCGACUGUACCGGAAGAUGCGUCCUCAAUCUUAAUCUCCCCGCGUUCUUAGGCUACAUUUUUUGUGGUAACACCGGAGAACAAACUUAAACACUUCCUGCUCACAACAAUUGCAACAACAAUGAAUGGGGCAGCAUUAAUUUUUGCCCUUCAUUCCGUUUUACAUGAUGUGUAGGUUCGCGACGCGUUCUGGCAUUUUUCUCAGUAAGUUGGAUGCAAGCGGAACGUACGGUCGCAAGUUGGUUGCUGCUACUGGUCUUGUGCCACUGUUACCCCGAUGUUUAAUAUCACUUCUCAGCGCUCAGACUAUAAUCCCGUUUCACUUAUUCACGUUCUGAAGCAAUAAUAGAAAACCAGCAGGAGAACUAUGAAUACGGUGAAGAGGCGAAGUUUGUCCGGCGAAUAGAGGAACCUCUAUAGCCUCUUUGGUCAAUCGCAUCAAUCCGUUAUGGGAUUGCGCGUAAAGGAUUCCAAGCGAAGUGGAAAGGGAUACGUACUACGUGGCUUAUGCAAUCGGUAGGCGGUUGAUGAUAAACGGAUGAUAAACUUAACUAAUCUUUGUGAUGAGGGCAAUACUUUAGGGCAAGAGGAGAACCUAAACACAGGACGCAGCUUUCGGUGGGUGUCUUUCUUUUUUGUAACGAGCAUACCCCGUCAAAUAGGAAGAAAAGACUUAAAAACUUUAUAGCAAAACAAUACUUCUCGAAGGUUCAAUCAAACCAGCUGACGCUGACGGGCUCGGAAUGUUUUUGCCAACAAGCGGAGAAAUUAGUCGUUAGUAGAGAAAAAGAGCAUAGGACAUAACCAAACUUAAGGAAAUAAUAAAACUACCACAAAAUACUAGGCGGUGUGAGACGCGAACGUGCAGGGAUCAUGUUUCGAAAUGGGCCGCAAAAGGAAAUGAACCGUUUUCUUUCGCAGUGCUUAAAUCGAAACGAAUGCUUAAGAAUGCUUUAGCUAACUGCCUUUCUAAGUUAAUGGACAGAUUGCGAUUGGCGAACUUUUGGUGGUUCGGCGCUAGGUUAAUGCAGGAAAUGGUCGAUUUGUUUAGGUAGGAAUUUGAAUGCGUUAGUUAAGGAAUGCUGUUUGUUGUCUCGAAGAGAUGCAUUUGGAAGGGACGAUCCGUACGAAACCUGAAGUGCAUACCGAACUCCGAAGUCCGACGCAGUACAAAUUUUGUUAAAAAUCUCACAACAGCAGCAACCGUCACAUCAGUAGUGGCCGAUCCGUUAUUUUGCUUGUUUGUUAACCGUCCUUAGCGAGCCCCGGGCCCGAGUGAAGGAGGGCUAUUAAGUGCAAUCAGUAUCUGUCGCUCUCGCCAGCGACAAUAAUAGGCAAACCAACGUUGCGUCCAUGGAAUGGAGAAGCUUGUUUGUUUUUAAUUUAAAAGAACGAAAGCAUCCGCGUUGCAUUUGUACUUCGUUUCACUCGUGCAGCAUCAACGGCGUAGAGAGAAGAGGCAGAGCGGCUGACGUGUAAAAAGAAUUAUUUUUACCUUCGCGGCGAUCCUUAGGUGGAAAUGAUACGAGAGAUUAGUUAGUGAAGGAUGGGAAUGAAUGGAAUCACAGGAACGUUUCGUGAAAACACUAGAAAACGAACAAUUCUAAUUAAUAAACCAGAAAACCUAGUGUAACAUAUUAUUAA